UGAGGCUUCAGCUGCUGCCUCCGCCUCCACCGUCGUCGCCUCCCGGAGGCUGGAAUAAUGAGCUGAGCCGCAGUCACCGACGUUUCCAGCUCUGACUACAGUGUGUGGUGUGCUUCCCGAAGGGUACUUUGCCUUAAAAAAGAAAGAUGCAGUCUUCACAUGAUAAAAAAUUAGAAAAAUUGGACCCAUUUUAUAGACGUUCAGUAACCAAACAGAAGACCAGUGCAGAAAUCAUCAGUGAAGCACGAAAUGCACUAAGAACUGUUAGAACUCAAAGACCAUUUACACCACGUGAAGAUCAAAGAAAACUAUUUGGACCAGCAUCUUCAAGAACAGCAGAUAAUAGACCUCCUUCGUCUUUUAGCCUUCAUGCUUCCAGCUUUGAAUCAUCUGAUUCAAGACCAAUUUCUGGUACGCGGCUCAGUCCACUAGAGCUUAAACCAAAAAUUCUUGCAUCUCUAUCUAAAGAAGAUGAAGCUUCUAUUUCCUUUCCUAAACCUCCAGUGGACCCCGUGAAGAUUAGAAGAGUAAGCAGUGCCCGUGCACGUUUAUUCAAGGCAUCCUCUCAGGGAAGUCUUCUUCCAGACAAAAUAUUUCAUCUUGAUGAGUCAAAGAAGAGGCUGAAAUCUGAGGAAACUAUAAUCACGGGAGAUUCUCCAAUUAAAAUACAUGGAAUUUGCCUAACAGAAUUAAAUUCCAUUGGUCAUUUUAACAGUCAUAUACCUCAAAUAACACAUGAUGGGGAUCAAAAUGAAAUCAAUGAAAGGGAUAUUUUGAAAGCGACAGCAUUAGCAACACCAGUCCAUCUCAGAAGUGGAGGUGAUCCAACAAAAAGACAUGCCAGGGCUUCGUCAUGUCCGGUCAGUACUGACAAGAAAACACUGGAAUCAAAAAAAAUUCCGAGGAACUUGGAAGAAAUUGAGAUAGACACAGAAACAGAAGAGGAAGAAAUCUUUUGGAGUACACGGAUCUUACCAGUCUUACAUGAAUUAGAGAAGGAAGACAAUAUUGAAAAUUUUUGUGUGGCCUGCACCCAGCUUCAUCAAGCUUUAGAGGAAGGAAGCAUGCUUGGAAAGAGAUUCAAGAAAAGAAGUGUACUUCUGAAGACAUUAUAUAAACUGGUUGAUGUUGGUUCAGACUUGCUCAGCCUCAAACUUGCAAAAAUCAUUCUAGCUCUUAAAGUAAGUGGAAAGAAUCUUCUCAAUGUCUGCAAACUCAUAUUUAAAAUUAGCAGGAGUGAGAAGAAUGAUUCUCUCAUCCAAAAUGAUAGUAUUCUUGAUUCAUUGUUGGAGGUGCUAAAAGUAGAAGACCUUCAAACUAAUAAUGAGGCUUUUUUGUACUGCAUGGGGGCUAUUAAAUUCAUUUCUGGGAAUCCAAGAUUUCUUAAUGAAAUGAUCAGCAAAGGCGCUGUUGAAAUACUGUUACAAUUGAUGAGGCAGAUAAAUGAGAACAUGAGGAAAUGUGGGGCAUGUUCCUCCAACUCAGGACACUUGUUAGUCCAGAUGACUGCCACCAUGAGAAAUUUGGUUGAUUUACCCAUGGCAAGGUGUAAAUUAUUGAACAACAAUGCCCUCCCGGUGCUCUGUGGAGUGAUGGAGCAGUAUGAAAAUGAUAAGGAUGUCUGCACCAAUGUUGCUAGAAUAUUAAGCAAACUUUCUUCCUAUCAUGACUGCUGUGCAGCCUUGGCUGACUAUUCCAGAUGUUAUGCCUUAUUUUUGAGCCUGAUAAACCAGUAUGAGAAGAAGCAGGAUUUAAUCGUUCGUAUUGUUUUCAUUCUUGGCAACCUAACAGCUAAAAAUAAUCAAGCCCGGGAACAGUUUUCUAAGGAAAAAGGUUGCAUCAAAACCCUCUUAUCAUUAUUCAAUACUUAUUAUGAAAUGGAUUUGAAUUCUGUGAAAGGAAUGGAUGAUGAAGAAGGAAAGGACAAGAAGCAGAAGCAGCCUUCUGAGGUGGAAGAUGUACUUAUAAAAGUGAUCCGAGUGCUGGCCAAUAUCUCCAUUCACCCCAGUAUUGGGGCAACUUUGGCUGCAAACCAACAAGUAGUGGCAUUACUCGUCACAACCUUGGAAUAUAAAUCUAUUGAUGAAUGUGAAGAACUGGUAAUUAAUGCUACAGCAACAAUCAACAAUUUGUCUUUCUACCAAGUGAAGAAUUCCAUUAUUCAGGACCGAAAGCUGCGCAUCGCCGAAUUGCUCUUAAAGCUUCUAAUGAGCAGCAACAUGGAUGGAAUCCUGGAGGCUGUGCGUGUCUUUGGCAAUCUUUCCCAAUAUGAUGAGAUUUGUGACUUCAUUGUACAGAAAAAUAUCUACAAAUUUAUGAUUGCAUUGCUGGAUGCCAAGCACCAGGAUGUUUGCUUUUCUGCCUGUGGAGUCCUUCUAAACCUCACUGUAGACAAAGACAAGCGUGUUAUCCUAAAAGAAGGGGGCGGAAUUAAAAAGUUAGUGGAUUGUUUAAGAGACUUUGGCCCUACAGAUUGGCAGCUGGCCUGCUUGGUUUGUAAAACAUUAUGGAAUUAUAGUGAAAAUGUCACGAAUCCUUCAUCAUGUUUUGGAGAUGAGGACACAAAUGCACUCUUAGUCUUAUUGUCAUCAUUUUUAGAUGAAGAACUAGCCCUGGAUUAUAGUUUUGACAGAGACUUAAGAGAUUAUCACAAACUUUAUUGGGAGACAGAAUUCAAACCUGUGGCACAACAACUUCUUAAACGUAUUCAGAGCCAUCACACCUUCCUUGAACCUCUACCUAUUCCUUCUUUUUAAUAUGGUAAAAGUCUGUUUUAUUUUUUAGCUUUUAAAAAUAUAUUGCAACUGAAGGUUCAUUUCAUACAACCCAAGAAUAAUUUCGAAAGAAAGAAUUUUGCCAUCAUCAAAAAGGUGCACGCAUCUCUCAUUUCACUAGAAUGGCUGCAGUUUUUUAAAUCCAGGCCUGCUUUACUACUAUCAGAGAGGAAAAAUUCAUCUGCAACUGGCUGUUUAGUGGAGGUGUUCAUGGUGCCACAGAAGCAGUAAUCUCGUUUACCAUAUUGAAAGACUCAAAACAAUGGGUUUAAGGAAAUGAAAUGUGAAAAAUAAAAAGUCAGUGCCCACUGUAUCAAGUAGUUCUCAAACUCCUUUGCCUGGCAAUCAAGCUCCUCAAUCAAUAUGGCCCCAUGUCUUGUUUUCUCUUCUCACUUCUCUUCACAUAUAAACUCUAUGCUCCAGCUCAAGAUGGGCUCCGCUUCUCUUUCCAUUCUGCAUUCCUGCCCUUCCUUUAAAGUCCAUAUUCCUUCCAGACCUAGAAAGCACUUUGUUUUUUGCAAUUCAAUGCACGUAUGUAAUAUUAUGUAUAUGUCCUGUAUUUGUGUCUUAUUCGGAUAUUAGACUGUAAGCUCCAAGAGAGAGCAGGGACUAUGUCAAC